AUGCGGACAGUACAGCUGGAUGGACAUACUCGUGCUGCCCGUGAUUAUGAAGUGCUCGAGACGACCACCCCGCAAGUUGUUGCAAGGACACCUAGAGGAAGACGGCGGCUGGUUAGUGUUUCUAGGAGAAUACGGCCUAUUGACGUUAGUACAGAGGCUACAGUCUCGCCAAGAGGAGACGAGGGACAAGAUCAGCGCACCAUUAUCAGAGUCCAUAAGAGGAGGCGUCCUGUCACCAUCGAUACCACCACAGUUUCAGCAGUUCCUACCACAGCGGUCAGAGAUAGCCUUCGCAAGACUAAAGUUUAUAAGAGAAGGCGUCCAGUUCCCACGAAUGCUGUCACCACAGAGCCUUCACUUCCGGAGGAGGAUGCGUCAGGCAACCAACGCGGAUAUAGGCGUGUGCGUCCAUCAUCACCUCAACAAGAAUCAACGAACCAGCAAGGCAGCACGACCAACAGCGAGAGUUACAAACCAUCAACACAAAGCAGUUCCAAAUCGGAGGAAACAUUUGUAGGAGGUCGAAGAAAACAUGUCGGUAAAGUUAGGGUCAGGGGAAGGAGGCCAUUGUUGAGCGAUUCUGAAACAGGUGUUGGAUCUUCUGAGAAGGCAGUUGAAGGUGAGGUACUUGGAACUGUACCGACGACAACUGUGGAAACACCACAAAGUACUACUUCAGUGGUACAAGAAGUUCCUAAACCUCACGCUCUACCCUCCAUGAGCACCACAGUAGAGGCCACAACCAGCAGACGAGUGCUUUCACGUUCAAGACGCCCAUUUUUUGGUAUCCGCCGAGCCGUAACACCCAGUAUAGCUCCAUUUGUACAAGCAGAACCCACCUCCCCUACGACCCCCUCUAGUCUUCAGGAGGAGAGUAGUACUGCAGGAUCUCUGACAUCUUACACUCCAACAGAAAGGGGGGACACUAUCACAGAGGUGACGACUGUAGAAAGGAUCGACAUGCCCACCACAUCAUCCAGCAAUCAGUCUACUACACAAAUCACUGGCGACACCGUAUCAGAGGAUGAGGGAGGCCAGUCAAAAAAAUUCACUCCAAAAUUUAGAGGAGCCAAGGGACGUCACCCUGGAAGGAGAGUCGGCCUCGGAAGCAAAUAUUCGAAAGAACAACGAAAAACCACCCCUGAGCCUAAUGGAAUUGGCCUAACAUCUGGAAGGACUAAAGCAUCUUCAGUGAGUACUGCCAGCGAGCGACCGACUGGAAAUAUUUCAGACCGUUUUGUAAAAUCGAGGACGCUGAACUCACUGAGAAAUAGGAAACCGAUAUCGCUCCUUCGACGGAAUAACGUGAGCAACGUAACUGAAGUGCUGACAGCUGCCAACAAGUCCUUGGACGAGCACACGGUUGAGAAUGAGAGUCCUGUCGCCUCAGAUGGUGGAUCAGCGAGUUUUCUGAAUACGUCUGUGGUAGACAAUAACACCACAACUGAUUCUCCAGCACCAUCCACAAUUAAGGGUAAAGAUCGUUUGAAGAAAAUUAAGAGACCUCUGACAGUAACAAAAAUAGGAGGUCCUCCAAAGUUACCUGUUCUCAAGAAGAUUUCGUCGAACUUAACAGAAGAUGAAAAAGCCGAGACCUCAACGAUAUCGGAAAAAGGGACGCGACUCAAGGGCAGGAAACCGACCAGCCUUGAUAAGCUACUAAAAAUGAGAAGGCCUCUUCCAACAUUACUGAGGAAAUCUCAAAACGAGUUUGUAUCACCUGCACCUGAGAAUGUCGAGAGCAGCAGCAACAGUGAAACAACAAUUGCAAUCAGUACUUUACCAACAUCAGCAGAUACUACCCCAGGCCAAACGACUGCAGACGAAAUUGAAACCACUACCGCAGCAGCUGCUGCUUCCUCUUUGCAACCGAAUAUAGACGACGGUGCUCCUAAAGGGAUCAGGAAACUGCCGAAAGGAUUUAAACCGUCACGUUUCAGGCCGACAAUUGGUGAACCGAGAAAAAUUGGGAUCAAGGAUACACCUAGACAAGGUGCACGGGGUCGACCUCGCCUUACGCCCUCGAGUGCUGUGAAGAAAGGAGUUAAUGGCACUCAAGUGGUAGCUCCUUUGAAAACCGGACUCUUCGGUAACAGGAGACCCUUUUCUGGUUUUAAACCAUCCUUGCUUAAGUCGACGGGCAGGUUCAACAAGAAACCAACUGACUCUGCUGACGAGAACACCGAAAUACCAACAACGUCAGUGAAAGGAACGACAGAGGCUUACAAUGCCUCACUAAAAGUGGCAGAUAAAGUGAUAAAAGAUUUUGGCGUCAACACUGCCUCAACAGUGGAGGACGAGGAAGUUCAGAAUGUGACCACCGACAGACCCACUGUAACUACAGAAGAAACAGCUACGUUUCAAGCAAAGAACGACAGUCUAGGAAACGAAGUGGGGGAAACCUUAGAUUCACUAGUAGAUCCCUCCUUGUCCCCACUGGAGGAGAGCAGUACCACCACGAGGAAAACUUUCUUCUUUCCCAGGGCGCGAGGCCGUGGCAAUGACAAGUCCUCCAAGCUCAAGAGUCUCCAGAAACUACUAUCGGUGCUUCGGCAGAAAUCUAAUGGCGGAGUCGCAAGUACUACAGUGAAAUUCGAUAGUGAAACAGCGCAUCCGACGCCAGAGGUGCCGAGCGAACUGAACAGUGAUUCGGCAGGCGGUCGUCCAUCCGAUCUUCAGAAUACCAUUUCUCAAACAGAAAUACCUAUUUCGGGAGUAAACACUGUUUCUUAUGGUGACGAUCUUAAAACAACAGACACAACUGAAGAAUCCACUUUUACAACAGUAAUAGAAACUACUGUUGUGCCUGUUGUUCGCGAAGGCAAGGUCAGUCGGUUGGGAAUUACGGAGAAUUACGGGAAUACAUUCCUGCAGCCCUCUAUGACAACAGAGACUGCUGCUUUUUCUGUACCCGAGAAGUCAGAUUACGAAGACAACACUACAAUGAUAACGAAAAUAUUUGAAGCCGAAACGGAAACGACCUUCACGGAAACAACUUACCCAGAAACAACCACAGAAAGCGGUGGGAGAUUGGUGCUGAAAGGAUCCGAUUCUUUGGAUGGUAAGAACAGUGGAAUGAAAUGCUCGAGUAUGUCAGGGGAAUCAAUGACUACCAAUGAGCACUUGAGUUCUCCGCAGACAGGGGAAAAAAUGAAGGAUAACGCUAGUUUCCUUUGUGGUAAGAAUGUUAGGACUGACACCACGGAAUUGCCCCUCUCUGUUACAAAGAGAACGGGUGAAUCCAGCGCAGAAGUACUAGAUCAGUCGACAACCAUGGUUUAUGAAGAAACCGCAACAGUAACUGAACCAUCGCUAACGUUCCAGAGGGCAACACUGUUGCCAGAGUUGACCGUUCCAGAAGAUUGGACGGAACCCACCAGCACUGAAACUACUGAGGGCACUACACCAGGAUCUGAGAGCCAACUUUUUCCUCUCACAGACAUAGUACUGCAUAAUUUGACAAAGGCCAUCAGCCAACUGGCGAAUGAGAUCGAUUCAGUUUACAAAGACGUCAAUGUUACUAGCGAGUUCACGUCACCACUUACGACAGAUUUGCCAAACAUUACUGAGCAAGCAACUCAUACAAGCGUAGAACUGAAUACCUCCAUUCCUCCUGGCAUAGAAAAUGUAGUUUUGACAACAGAAACUCCGAUCGCAACGGAUACUGUGAAUGCAGAAACAGUGCCGCAACAAUUUAGCACUACAUCCGAAACAACUACAACCGAGGUUAAUACGGAAGACCCUGGUACUACUAUCGGAACUACUGUAGAGAAUACUUACAGCGCCGUUGUCAAAGAAACUGAACUUCCCGCAGCGACAACUGCAGCACCAGAAGAAACCAAAGUGCCUUCCGAAAUGGACCUUGAGCAAAGCACUACUUCCAUUCAAGGGCGUAAUGUGUUCACGGAGAGUGUGCAUACAGAUAAGGCACUGGCUACUACUGAUGUCUCUGACAUGUGGAUAGGAGUCACAUCUGGAAGUGUAACCGAAGUUUACGAAACAAUGGCAACGCAAACUGAGAGUCCAGAUUCAGAGGCGACUGAAGGGAACUUGUCUGAUAAGAGUUCACUUCCCACUACAAGUCCCAUUACAGAAGAAAACGGAAGAAACAUAACAAAAUUUGUGAAUGGGUCGCUCGCAGGUCUUUCUGACGACCAGUCAGAAUUUGAUUCGAGUUUUUCAAGAGGAAGUAUUAGUACCGUCCCGACAGUUGAUGAAUUACCAACAGCAGAUACGACUGUAGUCCCAGAUCUGUCGACCACAGUCCUUGUGCUUGAGGUGCGAGGAGAUGACAGAGGAUACUCACAACCCUCAACCACUGAUGACGUAAUAACAUAUGACACAUCCAGUGUAAUGCCAGAGUCUGAUACGUUUAAUGAUGUUAACAACUCGUACCCAGUAAAGGGCGACCAAGGAGCAUUGUUGGGUUUCGCAUCAGGAGAGGAACAACAAAAUCUUACUAUAGAAUCUUCGGCCAAUAACGGCAUCACGGAAGCAACCGUUUACGAAACUCAGCAACCGGUCACAAAUGAGGCAGUGACAGAACCGGUGACGGAAAGUGAGACUCUUGAACCUUCUACCCCGAAGAAUUCAGAUGUCAAUGACACUACUAUAAGUGAUCCAACUUCUAUUUUGGGUUAUGAAAUGGCUACUGAUCCUUACACUGUUACAGCCGAGGUGACUGAAGAAGGUUUAUCAUCGACCACGGUUCAGACAAUCAAACCCGAAGAGAACGAUCUAAAAGCGAACGAAGUAAAUUUUGACGACAGCUUAUACCUGCCUACAACACAGGUUAAUGAAGCAACAUCACCGACCCAGAGAUCGGAACCCACUAAUACCGAAUCGUCUGUCAGCACAACGACAGAACCCAACCCUUAUGUAUCUGCCUCCAGUAUAAAUUCAGCAGAAGAAAUGCUCACAUACAGCUCUCUUCCAGAUACUGCAUCAACAGCAAACGCUUUCCCUGAAGAUAAGAAUACGGUUUCACCCGGAGACAUCACUUCACCAGCAGUUUCAGAUAACACUGUAACAGACAGUACUUCAACCGAGCCUGGUAGUCAUCUGCCCGAAAAGACUACCUAUCUUACUUAUUUUGGAGACGAAAUUACGACAGAGUCCACUUCUGUCGCUGAGGAUUCAGAUCUACUUGAAACCUACGCUUCUUCUGGUCCGUUUCACAUUCAGACGGUCACUUCAUUCAAUUCUUUACUGGGCGAGAGGGCCCAUUUUCAUAAAGAGACCACUUUAUCUCCAUUUGCUGAUCCACUGAUCACCUCCAUGGACAACGAAGAUGACCGAAAUGAAGGUCCUUCUGCAUGGCACUCUUCAUUCGCAGAAUCUGAAAGCACAACGGCCGAUCAUGACACCUCAUUUUCACCUACAGUUACUGCCGCUUUUCCAAUGACGUCAGAAACUGUAGCUGGCGUAACUGAUGUUACGUCAGUUCAGUUCAGUAACACCAAACAGGACUCCAGAGAAGACGAUGACGUGGUAAAAUACCGAGAUAUUGAACGUAAUUCAAUCUACACAGAUGUUUCCACGCCAACUUUUGCAGAUAGUGUCCAAUCAACUACACCGCUAUCUGCGAGUAAUUACACUGAACAAUGGACGGAGAGAAUCGAAAACAAUGAUACUGUCAAUCAAGAUGAUAUAGUCACUGGAAUUACUGAUGCAAGCUUCAUAUAUACGGACACCACGAAAUCACCGUCUCCAGAUUCUGAAGGCAACAAUCACCAGUUACUAACCACUGGAGCUGCGACACAGUCACAAACAGAAAAUGGUCUUGCUACUUACUGGACAGAAUCCGUUGAGUCCGCGGCGACAGAUACCCUGCUAACAAGAGAAGUCGAGCCCCUAACGUCCGAUACAAAGGAUAUAACCGAAAGUUCCUUUAGUGAUAGCAGCACAAACUACGCAAGUCCAGAUGAUGAAAGCCUACACGGAGACGGUAAUGGGAGGUUCCCAGCUCUGGAUAUCAACACCCUUGCUCCUUCUUGA